AUGCGUUUCACCGCUGCUACCGUUGCCUUCUUCGCCGGCCUGGCUGCCGCUAUGCCCAACGGCGCCGACACCACUGUCUACCAGACUGAGGAGGUCACCAUCAUCUCCUGCGGCCCCGAGGUUACCAACUGCCCCGGCCGCGCUACCUCCACCAUUCCCUCUGGUGCUGCUGCCACUGAGACCUCCGUCAUGACCACUGCUGUUCCCACCACCCCCGCUGGCGGUGCUCAGCCCGUCUCCUCCGGCUCUGCUCCCUCCUGGUCCAGCUCUGCUUCCGCUCCCGCUGUCACCUCCGCCACCUCUGCCACCACCGCCACCACCGUUGCUCCCGUUGUCCCUGUCGUGACCCCCUCGGUCAUUGCCCACACCUCGUGCUCUACCUGGUACGAGACUGUCACUCCCUCCGCUGGUGGUGCUGGCUCCGUUCCCUCCGGCUCCUCCCCCGUCGGCUCUGGCUCUAGCUCUGGCUCCGGCUCUGGUUCUGGCUCUGGCUCCGGUGUUCCCCACGUUCCCUCCACCUCCAAGGGCUCGGCUCCCGGUAGCGCCUCCGCUUCCCCCUCUUCCACCCCCGUCUUCAACGGUGCUGGUGCCGUCUCCGGCUCGCUCACCUUCGCUGGUGUCGCCGCUGCCGCCGCCUUCUUCCUGGCUUAA